AGGUCCUCAAACAUGGCGGCUACCUUAAGCGACACUUCGUGUGGCUCUGUGAGAAAAAGACAUGUAGGUGGCUGUAAGACCGAUGCAAAGCCUGCAGACACUACGAAUGAAAAAGAGAAUUGCAAAGAGACAGAGAAGAGGCUUCGGCCGCUCCACGCGGGGACUUACUGGCUCACUCGCAUCGUGCUGCUGCGCUCAGUUGCCUUUAUUUACUUUGUGGCUUUCAGCGUUGCAUACAGCCAGAACAAGCAGCUGAUAGGCAAUCAUGGCCUUCUACCCUGCAAGAGCUACCUCAACAGUGUGAAGCGGUAUGUAGGGGGUAAGAUAGGCUUGGCAGCCUUCACCUACACACCAUCUGUUCUGUGGUUGCUAGACUGGAGUGACAUGGAUGCCAACCUAGAUGGCCUUGCCGUCAUCGGGAUGGCACUGUCUGCAUUUGUUCUGGUGACGGGAAUGGCCAACAUGUUGAUCAUGGUUGCACUGUGGGUGCUUUAUCACUCCUUGGUCAACGUAGGACAGCUGUGGUACUCCUUUGGUUGGGAGAGUCAGCUGUUGGAGACAGGAUUCCUGGCCAUUUUCCUUUGUCCUGUGUGGACUCUGUCCCAGGUCCCCCUCCGCUGCCCCACUUCCCUUAUCUGCAUCUGGACCUUCAGAUGGCUCAUUGUUCGCAUCAUGCUGGGAGCUGGUCUCAUUAAAAUAAGAGGUGACAAAUGCUGGAGAGACCUCACAUGCAUGGACUACCAUUAUGAGACCCAACCAGUCCCUAACCCUAUGUCAUACUACAUGCAUCACUCUCCUUGGUGGUUUCACCGCUUCGAGACUUUGUCCAACCACCUCAUUGAGCUUAUUUUCCCAUUCUUUACCUUUUUGGGAAGGCGGAUGUGUAUGGUCAAUGGUGCAGUCCAGAUCCUGUUUCAGGUAGUUCUGAUAGUGAGUGGGAACCUAAGCUUCCUUAACUGGCUUACCAUCGUUCCAAGUCUGGCAUGUUUUGAUGACGCUUCACUUGGCUUUUUGUUUCACUCUGGAAGUCAAGCUAGGAAAGCAGUCUACGAAUGUCAGAGUGAUAAAACAGCUGGAAGGAACACCAAACCAACCAAAGGUAUGAUGAUUCGUCAAGUUGUGAACUUUUCUUUGGGCCUUCUGAUCGGAUUCCUGAGCAUUCCUGUAGUGAUGAACCUAUUGAGUUCCAGGCAGGUGAUGAAUACCUCUUUCGACCCAUUGCGCAUCGUUAACACCUAUGGCGCCUUUGGAAGCAUUACCAAAGAGCGUACCGAGGUCAUUUUCCAGGGCACUCAAAGCCUCGAUCCCAAGGAUCCAGACGCAAUGUGGGAGGAGUACCAGUUUCUGUGUAAGCCAGGGGACAUCUACCGACGACCGUGCCUUAUAUCACCGUACCACUACCGACUGGACUGGCUCAUGUGGUUUGCUGCUUUCCAGACCUAUGAGCAGAACGAGUGGAUAAUCCACAUAGCUGGACGUCUGCUAUCCAAUGACACCACAGUGCUUUCUCUACUUGAACACAACCCCUUCCAAGGCAGAGAAACUCCACGGUGGGUUCGAGGGGAGCAUUUUAGGUACAAGUUCAGCCAGCCAGGCAGUACCAGUGCUGCACAGGGGAAGUGGUGGCUGAGAAAACGCAUUGGGGCCUACUUCCCACCUGUUGACCUGGAGGGACUCAGGGGAUACUUCCAGUCCAGGAACUGGCCCCAUCCACACAUUCCACAAAACAGAAGCUAAAUCCCCAACUUCGGACUAAUCUAUAGUACCAGGAUCAGAGAGCCUGAAGUGCUGAGGUUAUUAUUGCCAGAAGGGAUGGAUUUCUGGCCAAAAAAAUGAGUCUCAACCAGGAAUCCCUGUUAAAGAUUCACCUGGUUUUCUGUGACCCCCCCCCCCCCAAAAAAAAGCUCAACACACAAUGUUGAAUUUUUUGUCUUUAUUUCUACUCUUUUUAUUUGUUUCCUGUUUAUGGGAGUGUAUAAAAGAUGGAUUUGUUACCUGCAUUAAUUUUUGGGAAAGUUGUGUUUGGGUAAGGGACUGUCUAUGUCUUUCUCUGUUUGCGUGAGAAGGUGAAGCUUUGUGUUGGUAAAUGCACCAUUAUUGAGACUUACCAAAAUCAUCUUUACAGUUUUGGUUACAAGUUGGUUAACCAGUUGAUUAACUAUUUAUUGCUCAUUUUGAUCAUGGAAAUACUUCGAAUAAGUCUUAAAUUUGAGCAAUUAAAUUUUUAAAUACAUUGUAUUUAAAUGUCUUCUUUCUUCCCAUCAGUCUGGCACAGAAACUUGGUAACACCUUGUGGACAUUUCAGCAAACUACAUCAUUAAGAACAACAUCAACUUUUAAACAAUAGCCUAUCUGUUAAAUGUAUGGCAGUUAACUUUGUUUCCUCUUUGUGUUUCAAGCCAUGUGUGUUUCCAGGCCAGCCUAUAUGCAGACUACUCAUAGCACACGGGCCUCAUGACCACGGGGGGCAUCACUUCAAGAGUUUUUUUUUUCCCUAAAUAUGAUGAUAAUAAUAAUAAUAACAAUGAUAAUAAUAAUAAUAGUAAUACAUUUUAUUGGUAAGCGCCUUUCCAAGCACUGAGGACACUUUACAGAUUUCAAAACAUUUACAAUAAAACAAGACAUAAAAGCUGAAUAUUCCAGGGGAAGUAUAUAAAAUUGUGACUAAACAUAAACUUUACCUGUCCAUCACACAUCAGUAAGUUAACCCCUAAAGAUAUCUAUGUUUGGGAGCAGGGUGAUCUGUGAUCAAUGAAGUGCUCGCUCACUCUCUCUCUCCCUCCUGGUGCUUGCAGCACAGAAACUGUCAUCGUGUCUGUCCCACAUUAUUCUGCAACCUCUCUUGUCAAACUCCAACUUCUUUUUGGACAUUCUCGUCUAUAAAAACUGUAAUAGACUAGAAACCAACCUGUACCGCAAAAGUACAGACAGAAACUCUAUACUGCAUGGACAAUUAUUCCACCCCAUUCCUCUCAAGAAAAGUCUUCCCAUCUCUCAGUUCAGCUGCAUCCGUUGCGUCUGCAGCACAGAUGAAGACUACCAGGCUCAAGCCUCAGACCUAGCAACACGGUUUGAACAAAGACAUUACAAACAAGAAUGGGUUAAACAAGCAUGCAGGCGCUUUGACAAUGUAACACAAGAUGAAUGUCUCAAUAAAACUAGAGUCAAAUCUUCUGAACAAAGAAUCAAUUGCAUUUUUCAAUAUUCUCCUCUUGGUAACAGCCUGCAGUCCAUUCUCAAUAAACACUGGAAUAUGUUAGCAUCUGAUCCAUCACUCAAAGGUUUCACUACACCACCACGCAUUGUUUACAGAAGACCACCUAACCUCAGAAACUCUUUAGUACGUGCCCACCUCCCAUCUAUUACACAGCCUCACUUUUACAGUCCAUCCCCUCUGGUAACUAUAGAUGUGGUAGUUGCCCCCAGUGCAACUUCACCCGUAAGACCUCCAUCUUCAACCACCCUCGGACUGGGAAAGUCUUCAACAUCAAAGGUGUCAUUACCUGCAACACCAGAAAUGUCAUUUACAUGCUCAAAUGCCCUUGUGGCUUAGCAUACGUCGGUAAAACAGCAAGAGCCCUGAAAACGAGAAUCUGUGAACAAAGAUCUAGUAUUCGUAACCAUGGCAGCAAUAGCCCAAUUGCACAACACUUCACAAACUGUUCACACAGUGGCUCCACUCUUAGAUACUGUGGCAUUGAACUGGUUAAACUACCAAGACGUGGAGGGGAUAUCAAUUCGAUAAUGUUGAAGAGGGAGGCUUUUUGGAUUUAUACAUUGGACACACUGUCUCCAAGGGGGCUCAAUGAGGACUUUGAUCUUAGGCCUUUUCUCUAACGACUUUAAGGAUAUUGUUGAUGUGCUUAUCUGGUCCUGUUGUUUGUGUGGAUGUCAUUCCCCCAGUCAAUGACUGAAAUGUGAACAUUGUCUGUUUUCCAUUUACUGUGGGAUAGAUAUUUACAUUUAGUCACUACCUGUAGUAUGAAUAUUUUUAUAUGGUUAUUGCGAUAUAAGAUUAGCACUUGUCUUUAAUUGACAGGGGUAAUUUACUACUACUUUUUCUAUAUAUCCUUUGCAUGUCACUAUGAUGAAGAUGGUUCUCACCCAUUUUGAGGUAUUUUGGACUCACUUCAAAAUCUUGGAUCAUAGACUGUGAUCUAAUAGUGUACAAUUGUCUAAAAAAUAUGUGACUUGAAAAAUGCCUACAGAAUUUAAUAUGUAACUUGCAGAUGUGUAUAUAUUUCUUGGUAUGUUUUAUCCUUUCACUGACAUUAUUUUGUCACAUGACUUGUCAGGUGAUCCAGACCAUACAUAUAUGGAGGUGUAUCCCCUGUAUCUCAUUGUCCGAUGAAGGGCUUAGGCCCAAAACGUCACAUGUGGUGAUAAUCUUGAUUAAAUAGCCCUUGGAGCAGCUUCUGGUGUGCAGACUCAUUUACCUGUUCUGCUUGAUUCACUCUUUUGGUCCAGCACCCAGUACUCAACUUCAUGGGAUGUGCGUGCCAUCGAACUUUUUUGAACAAACUCCAACUUCUACCAUUAUUUAGUUUGUGAAUUUCUAUUAAAACUCUGUGAAGUUCCUGUGCUGGUUCUGAUCUGGAAUUGAUAGAUGACUGAUUGAUUUUAUAAAAGAAAGACUACUGAUGAUGAAAUAGAGGCAGAAACGCGGUGAAGAAGAGAAAGAAGCAA